AUGGAACCACCCCUCUCCCAAGGCGUAGGCUACGCCGUCGUCCUCGGCCUCGGCGCCGCCUUCGCAGCCCUAAUGGUACUCCUAACCCGCCUCCUCACAAAACACCUCUCCGAACGCCAAGAUUCAGAAAUGUUCAUGACAGCAAACCGCUCCGUCCAAACCGGUCUCAUCGCAUCCGCCGUCGUCUCCUCCUGGACAUGGGCAGCAACCCUCCUGACAGCCACGAGUAUGGGAUACGAGUAUGGCGUAAGUGGUGGGUUUUGGUAUGGGAGUUGUGGGACGGUUGAGGUGUUGUUGUUUACGGUUGUUGCGAUUGAGAUUAAGUUGAAGGCGCCGAAUGCGCAUACGAUUGUUGAGUUGGUGAAGGUUAGGUAUGGGAAGGCUGGGCAUAUUGUGUUUUUGGUGUAUGGGCUGUUGACGAAUUUGCUCGUUACUGCCUCCUUACUCCUCGGAGGUUCAGCGGUCGUGACGAGUGUGACUGGGAUGAAUGUCAUUGCGGCCUGUUUCUUGCUCCCUGUUGGUGUGUUGAUCUACACCCUCUUCGGAGGCCUCAAGGCAACGUUCUUGUCCGACUGGAUCCAUACCGUGGUGAUCUACAUCAUCCUCCUCAUCACACUCUUCACCGUCUACACCUCCUCUCCCCUCAUCGGCUCCCCCUCAAAAAUGUACGACCUCCUCACCGCCGCUGCAACCCUCACCCCCUCCGCCGGAAAAGACGGAUCCUACAUGACAAUGGACAACUCCGCAGCCCUCGUCACAGGCUACACCAUCAUGAUCGGCGGAAUGAGCACAGUCUUCUGUGAUCCGAGUUAUGGACAGAAAUCUAUCGCUGCUGCGCCCAUGGCCGCGAUGAAUGGGUACUUUAUUGGGGGGUUGGCGUGGUGGAUCAUUCCUGUUGCGUUUGGGCUUUCGGCGGGGUUGGCGGCGAGGGCGUUGCAGUUGUCUAUUACUGCGGCUGAGGCUUCGGCUGGGUUGGUGUUGCCAUAUGCUAUGAAUGCGCUCAUGGGAAAGGGUGGGUCGGCGGCUGUUUUGUUGCUGGUUUUCUUGGCUGUUACUUCCUCGAGUUCUGCCGAGUUAAUUUCUGUGUCCUCGGUGUUGACCUAUGAUGUUUACCGCGCCUACAUCAACCCCAAGGCAACCUCUGCCCAGCUCGUCAGGUUCUCGCAUGCGUGUGUCAUCGGCUUCGGAAUCUUCAUGGGUGCGAUCGCCACGAUUUUGAACUAUCUGGGAGUGUCAAUCGGGUGGAUGUUGACCUUCGUCGGGAUCGUCGUCGCGCCUGGUGUCGUGAGUAUCACCAACACCCUCCUCUGGAAAGAUCAAUCCAAACUCGCCAUGUGCGUUGCCGGACCCCUAGGAACCGUAACCGGUUUGGCCUCCUGGCUAGGCUCCGCCCACCACUUCGUGGGAGAGUUGAACGUGUCCAGUCUAGGGAAUGGCUACGCCUGUCUCAUCGGAAACCUGGUCGCGUUGGUCAGUAGUGUCGUCUACGCUUUCGCAUUUUCCCUGGUCCAGCCCCAGGACUUUGAUUUCACGAGGUUCAAGACGGAGAUUACGAUUGUGGAGGAUGAGAGUACGCAUCUCGCGCCUGAGAUUCGCGAGAAGAGGAUCGAGGAGGCUGAAAUCCGCGCACACGAGGAGAAUGUCUCGUUGCGCCGUGCCUCGAAGAUCUCCAAGGUCCUCGGGAUUUCGAUGACCCUUAUCUUGGUCGUGUUGUGGCCCAUGCCGAUGUUGGGCGCUCAUUACGUUUUCUCGAAGAGUUUCUUUACGGGGUGGGUUGUUGUCAUGUUUAUUUGGACCUUCCUUGCUGCGGGGGUGAUUACCUUCUUGCCCGUUUGGGAGGGAAGGCAUAGUAUUAUGACUAUUGCUCGUGGAGUGUUGGGUAAGGGGAGGAAGAGGAGUGACGAACCGGCAAUUGUGAUGGAGGGGUUGGAGGUGCAAGGGGAGGAGGAGGUUAUGGAUAAGAAGCUUGCAAGGGAGCGGGAGAUGGAGAUCGGGAUUUGA